UCGAGAGAAAAAUGUCUAACCACCGAAUUGUUCUCACCGUGGUUAUCAACAUAAUCAGGAUCGCCAGUUUGAAUAACAUUUUGCAACUGUGGUGAAAGAGUCUCUUAAUUGUUGCCAUUUCGAGGAAGAACAAUUCAGAAGUGAGAAAGAAAGUUGAGAGAACCGGUGAAGAAUGGGCCCCAGGAGGAGGAGAACAAGUAAAUGAGGGGAAAUGUAACAAUAUUUGCUGGGUAAGGGAGAAGGUGGAUACAACGGCCUAUCAGAAUUCAUUCUUGUAAGACAUCGCAUGAGAGAAAGACGUUUUUUGAGUUUUAAUCCAGCAAGUGAGGUAAACUGAUUUUUUUUUUUAAAUAAUGAUCCCAAGGUAUCGAGUCAGAAGGUGUGAUUGAAAAUAAAUUAAUGGCUGGGAUAAUUCAGAUGAAUUGUUUCGGAUUCUCUGGCGGAAUGAACUUCUCCAUUAUGUUUAUUACUCAGUGAUUGUGGAUAUUAUGGUGAAUUUAUUAUUGCGCUCAAUGAAGGAGGCGGAAACCUUUCUGGAAUUCCAAUGUGGAAUCACCAGUGCCGAACGAAACUUUCGCCGAUCAGCUGGAUUUUAUCUUAAAUUAAAUGUAGCAGUUUUGUUGACAGCCUUCUGUAUGCGAAUACAUGCUCAGAAAGAAAUCCACAAUCUAACAAUGUACGGAUUCACGGAAACCGAAGAAAAAAUCCUGCCGCCACUAAAUGUAUCACAUAUAUAUAAUAAUGCAACGGAUUAUUUAAGAUUAUCUAGCGGAUUGGGUGGCAGAUCGGGUAAAACGAGAGGUAAAAGAAGUGUUGUGCACUUGUACAAUAUGCUUGUAUGUGCAACUGGGUGCAAUCCUUUAACUUAUAAAGGAUACGGCUGCUAUUGCGGAUUUCUCGGUUCUGGAUAUCCUGUGGAUGGUAUCGAUCGGUGCUGUUGGAUGCAUGACCGGUGUUAUGACGCAACCGGUUGUCCGACCUUUUCAGAGUAUUUUAUCCCGUAUUAUUGGAAAUGUUAUCGUGGCCAUCUUCCGAUCUGCGCUGUCUUACAUGGAAGCUGGGGUGGAUCUGGAUCUUGCGCUCAAAGAUUGUGCGAGUGCGAUCGAGCAUUUGCUCAAUGUUUACGGCGUUUUCCUUGUCCCUCGUCUAAAGCUGUGUGCACAUCUUCUCCGUUGAGACUUGUACAAAAUAUUUUCAUGAUUUUUUAAAUGAACGAUGAAUGCCAGUAUCCAGGUGUCUUUAUUUUAACAAAAUAAUUAUUUACAAUUGUUUAUUGCCACCACCUAGCCAU